CCGGGCCCUGAUGCGAUUACUAACAGGCGACAGGACGUGCCUUGGUACUGCUGCUGCUACGAGGUGCUGCUUACCCAGUGGGUGUUAGCGGAAGCCCCCAUGCAAAAAGCGCGGGGUGGAUAAGAAAAGCUAAUGCGAAUCUCGAGAAAAGGCUGGACACAUGGCGGCCUAGGUGUAGGUACCCAGCGACGGCCGGUACCUCUGGCACAGCGCUCUCAAGGUACCCCAAUUGCUAGACACACCCCCAAGGCUUCUGUCGUCGUCAUUCCUACGCUGCUCCUCAGGCGUUAAUUUCGUGGUUUAGCAGAGCAGAGGAACUGCUGCAGCGCGCAUCCCUUGUCUCAGCAUCCAAUGCUAAUCAUACCCUCUUGUGCUUUUUUAGAGGAGCAUCGCCCGCCCUUGAGCCAGUUGUUCGCGUGCUAGCGGACUGAGAGGGAAGGGGAAAAGUACUAGUAUCUUCUUUCUUCUUUGAAUCUCUCUCUGCCCUUUCUUUUUAAUUUCGUGAUACAGUACUCCGUAGGACAUAGAGAGCUAGAAUCAGUAGUGCUUCGGGCAGUAGCUUGCAGACCGAGUAUCCGCCUACAAAGCGACCUAUGUGAAGAGAGCAGCAGUAGCUUACAAAACCACACCUCAUACAUCCAGCUUCUCACGGGCUGUUUCCGCCUGGACGCUGAAAUUGCACUGCAUGGAUGUCCGUCGCCUCACUUUUUCCCUCUGACGUGUUGACCUGACCUGACGUGAUGGACGGACUCUUCUAUCGCAUUGACGCCGCAUUGUCGCUGGCCCCCUUGUUUCUCCUGUCUCUCACGUUCCAUUUCCCCGCUGCCAAAAGGGCCUCACCGGCGCUCGGCUUGGGCUUGGCCAAGGAUCCCUCGAAAAUCACAGCUCGCUCUCCUGUCCACCCGUUGAAAUUUCCCGACUGCUGUUAGUAGGAGGUACCCCAUCAGUGCCUGAGGAAGGGGGGGGGGGGGUAUACACAAAAGAGGAAUAAAAAAAAAAGGAAAGAAAAAGAAAAAUAAGAAAAAAAAAAAAUUAGCUUCUAGGCGUAAAAGCCACACACCCCUUACGCAUGCCACGCCAUUAGGACAGGCGUUAUUUAGUAGUGGUACUUUGCUCUUUUUUUUUUACUUACACACCCACAAAAUCUAACCUGUCCCGCAGCCAUUUGACUCAACGAUUCUCGACUACUUCUGUGAUUCAA